GUUCUUAAUAGCUUCUGGUUGAGGAGACAAAGAACAGUGUUCUUGGCUGUUUAUAAAAAGUUGUUGUUGUGUUCUGUCUUGGUUAUAGCUCAGAAUUCAACAAGAAUGGAAAACCAUGAUGAGGUAGCUAUAAAUGUAAACAAGGAGGUCUCCAACUCAAUUGAAGGCUCAGGCACCUAUAUCUCUGUGCCUUUCUUGCAGAAGUUGUUAGCUGAGGUGGUGGGGACAUAUUUCUUAAUAUUUGCAGGCUGUGCUUCAGUGGUGGUGAACAAAAACAACAACAAUAUUGUUACACUUCCUGGGGUCGCAAUUGUUUGGGGACUUGUUGUGAUGGUUCUUGUUUACUCUGUUGGUCACAUCUCUGGUGCCCAUUUCAAUCCUGCCGUUACUAUUGCUUUUGCUAUCACCAGGAGGUUUCCUUUGAUUCAGGUACCAUCUUAUGUAACAGCUCAGCUCCUUGGAGCCACACUUGCAAGUGGUACUCUGAAACUAACAUUCAGUGGCAAGCAUGACCAGUUUUCAGGAACACUCCCAGUAGGAUCUGAUCUGCAAGCUUUUGUUAUUGAAUUCAUAAUCACAUUUUUCCUUAUGUUUGUCAUAUCCGGGGUUGCCACUGAUAACAGAGCGAUUGGUGAGUUGGCUGGGAUUGCAAUUGGGUCUACGAUACUUCUGAAUGUGAUGAUUUCAGGGCCAGUGACAGGAGCAUCAAUGAACCCAGUUAGAAGCCUAGGACCUGCUUUUGUGCACCAUGAAUACAGAGGAAUAUGGAUAUAUUUAGUGGCACCGGUUCUGGGGGCAGUGGCAGGAGCAUGUGUCUACAACCUCAUUAGGUACACAGAUAAACCACUGCGUGAGAUAACCAAGAGUGCCUCCUUCCUCAAAGCAACAGGACGUGGUGGCUCCAGAUAAUUUAAGCAAAAAUGGACAAAACUUGCCACCAAGUGUCAUGCAGAGAGUCAAUCACUAAGCAGUUGUGUUUGUUAGAAAUAAUAAUUACUAAAUCAAAAGUUUUCAUAUGUAAUCACUAAGAUACUAUAAUAAUAUGAGUAUUUUGUUGUUCUGUAAAAGUUCGUGCAUUUAAGUAAGCAC